AUGCAAGACUGGCGAACGGAGGAGUGUUACGUCAUCGGUGCAUCUGGCAUGGACCACGCUUGCGCUGCUUCGAGGGUGGAUGAAGGUGGAAAUCUAAGGACCCAUUUCAGGACACAUACUAAAGAAAAGCCAUACUCUUGUCAAAUUUGUAAAAAGACAAGGACACACACAAAAGAAAAACCGUAUUCUUGUGAAGUUUGUGCAAAGUCAUUUUCUCAGAGUGGAACUUUGAAAAUCCAUUUGAGAAUACAUACAAAAGAAAGACCAUAUACUUGUGGAAUUUGUAAAAAGACAUUUUCCGUGAGUGGAAAUUUGAAAGAUCAUUUGAGGACACAUACAAAAGAAAAACCAUAUUCUUGUCAAAUUUGUAAAAAGUCAUUUUCUCAGAGUGGAAGUCUAAGGAACCAUUUGAGAACACAUACUAAAGAAAAACCAUAUUCUUGUGAACUUUGCAAAAAAUCAUUUUCUGUGAGUGGAAGAUUGAAAGUUCAUUUGAGGACACAUACAAAGGAAAAACUAUAUUCUUGUGAUAUUUGUAAAAAG